AUGCGUUUCUCUCUUAACGUCCUUGCCCUUUCCGCUCUCCUCUUCAGCUCCUCUGUGCUAGCUUACGAGCAUAACAUUGACGCCAUCGUCGCGCGCCACGAACUCGACAAUGAGCUCGAAGCGCGUGGGAUGCGCACAGAGUUCGAGACGCGUGCGCUGCUCGUCGCGCGCGCGCCACCCAACGGAGACUGCUCCACGGGUCUCCCACAGCCCAACGUCAGCGGCCCGCAAUGCGCACAGAUGCACGGCUAUGGAUGGAAGUUCAACGGGAGGUGUUAUGGACCCAGGCAAAUGAUCCUGCAGGGGAACACAGUGAAAGGGUUUUGCUACUUCUAA